GCUGGGGCUCGGGGCUCGGCUCCGGGAGAGCUCGGGCGGGAGCCGGGAUAGCGCCGCGCGGGGACCUCAGCCCAGACCCCAGCGUCCCGCCGCCUCGGCCCGGUCCUGCCCCGCCCCCGGCCCCGCCCCUUUCCAGCCCGCCCCACCCCCUCUACGCCCCUCCACCCGGACCCCGCCCCCUGUGAAGCCCCCCGCCCCCGCAGCCCGGACCCCGCCCCCUCCCCCCUGGCCCUCGCCAUCGGUCCAGGGAGGGGACGGCGGGACAGGCGGGACUGGUGGGACCGGCGGGAGGGCGGACCGGGCGGGGAUAUGGCCGCGGCGCCCGGAGGGUCUGCGCCGCCCGCCGGCCCCGGCCCGCGCCUGGGUUUCAGCACCGCGGACAGCGGCGUCGGCAUGAGCGGGCUAAACCCCGGUCCUGCCGUGCCCAUGAAGGACCACGACGCCAUCAAGCUCUUCGUGGGGCAGAUCCCGCGGGGCUUGGACGAGCAGGACCUCAAGCCGCUGUUCGAGGAAUUCGGCCGCAUCUACGAGCUGACGGUGCUGAAGGACCGGCUCACCGGCCUCCACAAAGGCUGUGCCUUCCUCACCUACUGCGCCCGGGACUCUGCUCUCAAGGCCCAGAGUGCACUGCACGAGCAGAAGACCCUGCCAGGGAUGAAUCGUCCGAUCCAAGUGAAGCCGGCUGCCAGUGAGGGCCGAGGAGAGGACCGAAAGCUGUUUGUGGGGAUGCUGGGGAAGCAGCAGGGUGAGGAGGACGUCAGGCGCCUGUUCCAGCCCUUUGGCCAUAUCGAGGAGUGCACCGUCUUGCGGAGCCCUGAUGGCACCAGUAAAGGCUGUGCCUUUGUGAAGUUCGGGAGUCAGGGGGAAGCUCAGGCAGCUAUCCAGAGUCUGCAUGGCAGCCGGACCAUGGCGGGCGCCUCGUCCAGCCUCGUGGUCAAGCUGGCGGACACGGACCGGGAGCGCGCGCUGCGGCGGAUGCAGCAGAUGGCCGGCCAGCUGGGCGCCUUCCACCCGGCACCGCUGCCGCUGGGGGCGUGCGGAGCCUACACCACCGCGAUCCUGCAGCACCAGGCGGCCCUGCUGGCCGCGGCACAGGGCCCGGGCCUAGGCCCGGUGGCCGCAGUGGCGGCCCAGAUGCAGCACGUGGCGGCCUUCAGCCUGGUAGCCGCGCCGCUGUUGCCCGCCGCAGCAGCCAGCUCCCCGCCGGGCGGCGGCCCCGGCUCGCUUCCGGGUCUGCCAGCGCCCAUCGGGGUCAAUGGAUUCGGCCCCCUGACGCCCCAGACCAACGGGCAGCCGGGCUCUGACACUCUCUACAAUAACGGGCUCUCCCCUUACCCAGCCCAGAGCCCUGGCGUGGCUGACCCCCUGCAGCAGGCCUACGCUGGGAUGCACCACUACGCAGCAGCCUACCCGUCGGCCUAUGCCCCAGUGAGCACAGCUUUUCCCCAGCAGUCUUCAGCCCUGCCCCAGCAGCAAAGAGAAGGCCCCGAAGGCUGUAACCUCUUCAUCUAUCACCUGCCUCAGGAGUUUGGUGAUGCAGAACUCAUACAGACAUUCCUGCCCUUUGGAGCUGUUGUCUCUGCCAAAGUCUUUGUGGACCGAGCCACCAACCAGAGCAAAUGUUUCGGGUUUGUUAGCUUUGACAAUCCAACCAGUGCCCAGACAGCUAUUCAGGCCAUGAAUGGCUUUCAAAUUGGCAUGAAGAGGCUCAAGGUCCAGCUAAAGAGGCCCAAGGAUGCCAAUCGGCCUUACUGAUCUUCUCUCACUGACCAGCCACAGAAAGAAACUGAAGAGUGAGAAGAAAGGAAAGGAAAAGCACAGAAAUGCUUGAGCAGCCCUUCCUGGACGAGCAGCCACAGAGGGAGGUGGAUCGGACCCAAGGCCGCGCCACAUUAGGGAUUGUUUCCAUCAAGUGUGUUGUCCUGUGCCUGUGGCUUAGAUCACAGGCCGGCAAGGCAGCUGGGGCUGGCUGAGGACCGACUGUCUAGGGGAACCAGCAGAGGACCUUGGGGGUGCCAAGGGCUUCUCCACAAGGGAAGCCCAGAUUUACUUCUUUCAAAAUCAUAUCAUUCCUUAGAGUUUAGGGACCAAAGGACUAUUGCUUUUUUAAGAAUAUAAAUAUAUCUAUAUAAAUUAAAAGAAAGAAACAGAAAAACAAAAGAAAAAAAAAACCACAAGAGAAACAAAAAGACAGUCUAGAGUCUCAUACAAGCUGCCUUUAAAUAUCCCUAGGAGACAGGGUGAAGGAGACCUGUAAAAGCCCCAGCCUAGGUAGAGGGAGGCUGUGGAAAGAGUGUUCUGUGUCUCAUUCCCUCUUAAAUUGCCCCCCCCCGCCUUUUUAAAAUAAUUAAGGACUCAAGGUCUAGGUUCCCAUGCAGGCAACAAAGAGAGUUAUGGAAGCAGGGAACCCACAAUCCCCAAACUCAGAGAAGAUCCCUGAAGCCAGGAGGAGCUCUGGCCUGCCCUGCCCUUUGCCGUCCUGAGGGGCUCACUAGCCAGCGGGAGUGUCCUUGACAGUCUUUCCCAUGGACCCAUUGCUUCCCCAGACAGGAAGAAAGAGGGAGUUUUAACCACCCCAGCCUUUCCCUUCCCAACCCGGAUAGACAGGCCCUGCCUUUGGCUGAGCUGAGACACCUCCUGUUUCCCCUCACCUUGAGCCGGCCCCAGUGUCCCCUUGCUCCAGGCCACCUUCUGUCUCCAAGUCUGUGUUUGCCCACCUGUAAAGUAGAUUCAGGAUAUACGUAGAGGGCUGUGACAACAGACUUGGAAGGUUUGCUAUUGUAUAUACUGCCAUUGAGAAGGGGAUCAUUUUCAAUAUGUAGAAGCUUCAGAAUUUAGAGGUCCCUCUUUACCCAAGACCUGGGAGGGAAGUAGAUGUUUUGCCAAAAUACUUCUUCAUUCCUUUAAAAAGUACAUCUUUCCUAUGCAAGAGUGUCUCACAUGUGCUUAUCCAAGGUGCUUCUAGAUGGUGAGCAGUGUUCCGCUUAGAAGUGGUGUGUGCUCUGUCUGUCUUUGUCUAUCUGUUGUAUUCAGUGGGUGCCAUAUAAAGCUGAUCAAUGGUGGUGCUUCCUGCCUGCUUCUGUCAGAUGGGCAAAAGAUCCAGCUUAGAACACCAUGACUCACCUUGCCUUGGUCAGCCUGUCCUGGGCCUGCAGGGCCUUGCACAUAUUUUUCCCAGGAGGUGAAUUUCCCCUCCACCUCACAGACCUGGAUCAAAGAAGUAUGGGGCCCCAGCUGUGUGGUGGGCACUCUGAUCCCCAGAUGUCACUGAGGCUGGAGGCCUCUGAUCUGCGAUCACAUCAGACAGUAAAGGAAAGGAUGUGGGGGAGGGGGUUGGAGGGUUCCUCCUUCAUAACAGUUUCUAAGAAAACUUGUUCCCACCUGUU